CAACAAGUGAAAAUGGAAAGUAAAGAUUCAAAACUAAUAAAGAAAACGGGCAGGAAAACCCCUAAGUACUGUUGUAUUUGUAAAGGAAUUUACAGAGGAAAGGUUAUUGAUGGGAGAAAAGUGUCAUUGCACCGUUUUCCUCAGAACAAACGUUUAAAACGUGUGUGGGUGCAGCGAUGUAAAACGGUCAUGAGAUCGUUCCAGUGGAAUGAACACAGACGAUUGUGUAGUGAGCAUUUUGUUGGCUUCAGAGGACCUUCAUUCCAGCAUACACUUCCAUCUAUGUUUCCAACUGAGACUGGUGCUACCAAAACCUUCCAGCCAACGCUCCUUGAUGAAGACGUAGGUGAUGAUGAUGAUGGUGAUACGGUCAAUGACGAUUUAGACCUAGAACUGUCAAAUGAUGAUAGUAUACAGCCACAACUGUCAUUUGUAUCCCCUUCCGGGCAUGCCAUUGAUACCUCUGUCCACCUGCAUGAUUACUGCAUGGGACCAGUACUACAGCCACAGAAUCAGUCCUUUAGAUGUUGUGACACACAGACUGAGAACAACUGUGCAGUGAUGGAAGUACAAACUGAAGAAAGUUUCCUGGGAAAAACAGCAGACUUCAGUUCACAAACAGAACAUUCUACUAGAGACUUUGGUGUACAAUGUCAGCUACCUAUGCUCACAUAUGAUGACGUAAAAUACAAUGACGAUUUGGUCAGUUUUUACACCGGAAUCCCUAAUCGAGUUGUGUUUGAAGCUUUGUUUGAUGAAAUCAAGGAUGAAGCUGAAGUGCGGACAUCAAGGCGGAAACUUAACUAUAAAGAUUCAGAUGGAGGACGGCCAAGAACUCUAAGUGUUCUGGAUGAAUUUUUCAUGGUGCUGAUGCGCCUACGUCUAGGUCUGUUAUUUGAAGAUCUAGGUACUAGGUUUUGCAUAUCCACUUCACAAUGUAGUGACAUUGUUGAAAGAUGGAUCAACUAUUUACAUGUACAAUUAUCCUUUCUUGUUCAAUGGCCAUCUCGUGAGGUAGUGAAAAAUAACAUGCCUGAACAAUUUAAAGAGAAAUAUUCUAACACUAGAAUUAUUAUCGACUGCACUGAAAUUUACAGUGAAACAUCCAGUUCUCUUUCUUUGAAAAGUUUAAUGUACAGUGAUUACAAGUCUCACAUGACUCAUAAGAUUUUGGUGGGUAUAAGCCCAAAUGGUGUUGUAACUUUUGUUUCUGACUGUUGGGUGGGCUGUACCAGUGACAAGAAACUCACAGAAAAAUGUGGACUCUUGGACUUGCUUGAAGAAGGAGACGCCAUAAUGGUUGAUAAGGGUUUCACUAUUACAGACCUUACUACUCCAAGAGGCAUUCAUCUCAUUAUUCCACCAUUUAAACAGAAAGGAAAACAAUUCUCUAAACGUGAGGUUCUCCUUACAAAAGAUAUUGCAAGUUUACGAAUACAUGUUGAAAGGCAAAUGGAGAGAAUCAAGAACUUUCGAAUAUUGCAUGGCAAUAUUCCUAUAACACAGUCAAGGAGAAUUUCUAAAGUGUUCAAAAUAUGCACAUAUUUGACAAAUCUAUGGCCACCACUUGUUCAAUAAUAACUCAUGUGUCAAUGAAAGCGUUUGUA